AUGGCCAUGAAGAAGAUCUGCUGCGCCGUCGUUUUCGCCGCUGCCUCCCUCAGCACCGUCAUGGCUGCUGAAACAGUUGCUCCCGCCCCCGGCCCAAGCGGCGCCGAUGCUGCGUCCGCUGCUGGGCUUGCUGCUGGCGGGCCUACUGCUGCUGCGGGUGGGCCUGCUGCUGGGCCCACCAGUGCUGCCGGCUCGGCGUUGCCGGCCUUUGGGACUUUGGUUGGAGCCUCCCUCGUCUCUCUCGUUUCCUAUUAUUUCCAGUAA